GCCCUCGUCCUCCUUCUUAGGCUGGGAAACUAUGGGAAAGUAACCACAUCAACACUCACCGCUCCAGCGCGUUCAGUACGCUCCGCCCUCAGCUGGUCACGUCCAUCCCCUACACCGGCCACGGAACCGCAAAAAUCGAGCAAGCCAUUCGCUUACUGCAGGAAACACGCAGCAGAGGACUGGUGGAGCCGCAAGUUCACAAAAUGGAAUUUGGACCUUAGUAGGGGGUAUAUUGGCACAGGAUGGAGGUUUAGAGAGGUCGUCAGGCGCGCGGCGAAGGGCGAACCGGUGACGAUGGGUGUUAUUGGCGGGUCUGUAUCCGCUGGUCACGGUGUGAAGCAAAACGAGACUUUUCACGCACGCAUCCUCCAGCAAUGGAAUAACAACUUCUUCAACCACAGACGCAACACCAUGAUCGACAGUUCUAAACCCGCCACCGGGUCCGACUACUUCAGCCUCUGUUUCCGAGAGAUGCUGCCUGACAAUGUUGACCUGGUGUUUGUCGAGCUCAGUAUCAACGACUUUAGGGAGGUGGACGCGGCGAUCGAGUUCGAGACGCUGGUCAGGAGUCUGUUGAGCUUACCUAGCAGGCCGGCGGUCGUCGUCCUCAGCACGUUUGCCCUCAUGUUCUCCGAGGGGAUCAGCACAGGUGGGGAUAUCCAUCUUGGUGUAGCAGAGUACUAUGACAUCCCCGUGAUCAGUCUGAGGAACACUGUCCUCCCCCACCUUAUGCACGACUACAACGUCGAGAACAAUAUAUUCUGGAAUGAGCGAGAUGGGCUCGAUUUACGGCAUAUCAAUUCCGUCGGGCACGAAUUACUCGCCGACCUGACGACAGCCUGGAUGCGGGACGUCAUCUGCGAGGAGUUUGGGCCCGAUGCACAGGAAGAGGAGACGGACUACGACCUCGAGGAGCGCCCUUGGUGGCAGACCACUGAGGGGCUUGGUGAGGUCCCCCGGCUCCGUAUGACCCAGCAAUGGGACCACGAUACUGUCGACCGAGUCAAGGCCCCCAUAUGUAUCAGUACUACUUCGGACCCGCGUCUCUCCCCCGCGCGCGUCGAUGGCUGGCACUAUGAAGAAGCAACGUCGGACAAGAUGUACUGGACGUCGAACAUCUCUGGAAAGCAGAUCGCAUUCAGGGUGUAUGUCGAGACGGGUACUGUGGGGGUGUUCUAUUUGCGGAGCAUGAGGCAAGGCCUGGGGAACGCAGGAUGUUGGGUGGACAAUAAGCGAGAGUUCGGAACCACUGUGGUGGGAUACUGGCGUUACCCGGUGAGUAUCGCCCAAUAUGCGUUGAUCGACGACCAAGUGGAGCCUGGCUGGCAUACCCUCACGUGCGAGAUUCUGCCUGGCACUGCCGACCCAGCAGAGGGGAACACCUUCAAGCUCAUCGGGAUCGUCUCCAUGUAAACUCGGUAUCGGGAGGGAUGGACCCGUCUCGCAUUUCUAGAUUCUGGGUUCUUGGUUAUCAUCCUUGGAUAUGGUAAUAGAGCACGGCUCGGCACUCG